AGUUAGCUGGCUUGUACGUUUAAAUAUUUUAUAAUGCAGCUAAACGUAAGUUCGUGUAGAAGUAUCUGCAGUAGGUAUCUACCAAAUUUGCUGCUUUUUAGCUAGGUAGAUUUAGGUGUGUUUCCCCUGACCAGAAUUCAGCUGCAGCCUGAAGAUACUCUUCACUGUCUGUUAUCAACUUGGAGAUGCCUCACUCACGGCGGUACCCGUCCUCAGAGCGGGCGAGUCGAGGCAGCUAUCCGGACCGUUACCGCGGCCGGCGGCACCGGCACCGCAGAUCGCCCUCCCUGUCGUCCAGCAGCGAGCGAGAGAGGGAGCGGGACCGCAGGGGAGGGGGGCACCGGCAGGGCUGCAGCUACCUGCGCUCCAGGAGCUACGACAACCGAUCGGCGGACCGCAGGGCGUACGACCGGCACUACUGCGAGGGCUACCGGCGCCUGGACUACAGCCGAGAGCGAGAGAGGGAGCACGGGCCGGCCGAGGGGUACUACGCACACGCCGACUUCGCCCCCCGCCCCUACGACUACCGGCGGGGGAGGGAGCGGGAGCGGGAGCGCGAGGACAGCAGGCGUAAGCACAAUCGAAGGAGGCGUAGAACCAGGUCCUAUAGCCCGUCCUCUUCGCGGAGCGACAGCCGGACGCGGGCGCUGAGCGUGCGGGACGAUGAAGAAGGGCACCUGGUCUAUCGGAGUGGGGACGUCCUGCAAGAGAGAUACGAGAUCGUCAACACUUUGGGGGAAGGAACGUUCGGGAGGGUUGUCCAGUGUGUGGACCAUCGCAGGGGAGGAGCCCGCGUGGCCUUGAAGAUCAUCAAGAAUGUGGAGAAGUACAAGGAGGCGGCGCGGCUGGAGAUCAACGUGCUGGAGAGGAUCAACGAGAAGGACCCGGAGAACAAGCACCUGUGCGUACAGAUGUACGAUUGGUUCGACUACCACGGCCACAUGUGCCUCUCCUUCGAGCUGCUUGCCCUCAGUACCUUCGACUUCCUCAAGGAGAACAACUACCUGCCCUACUCCAUCGGACAGGUUCGCCACAUGGCCUACCAGAUCUGCCAGGCGGUCAAGUUUCUUCAUGAGAACAAGCUGACGCACACUGACCUGAAGCCGGAGAACAUCCUGUUUGUGAACUCGGACUUCACCAUGACGUACAAUGUGGAGAAGGUGAGCGGCACGGUCGCAUGCGUUUCACUGCAGAGAAGGCGCUGGGAGCGGGUACCCCACGUUAACCCCCCGCCCCGCCCUCAGAAACGGGACGAGCGCACGGUGAAGAGCACCGCGGUGCGCGUGGUGGAUUUCGGCAGCGCCACCUUCGAUCACGAGCACCACAGCACCAUCGUGUCCACGCGACACUACCGCGCCCCGGAGGUCAUCCUGGAGCUGGGCUGGAGCCAGCCGUGUGACGUGUGGAGCAUCGGCUGCAUCCUGUUUGAGUACUACCUGGGCUUCACCCUGUUCCAGACCCAUGACAACCGGGAGCACCUGGCCAUGAUGGAGCGGAUACUGGGGCCUGUUCCUUCUAAGAUGAUCCGCAAGACCAGGAAACAGAAGUACUUCUACCGUGGCCGGCUGGACUGGGAUGAGAGCAGCUCUGCUGGGAGAUACGUGAGAGAGAACUGCAAACCACUCCGGAGGUAUCUGCUGUCAGAGGCGGAGGAGCACCACCAGCUGUUUGACCUGAUCGAGAGCAUGCUGGAGUACGAGCCCUCCAAGCGGCUCACCAUGGCGGCGUCUCUGCGGCACCCCUUCUUCGAGGCGGGGAGCGGCAGCGACGCGGGCGGCAGCAAGAGCUGGGAGGGCAACCGCGACAUCAGCCGGUGACCCCCGGGC